CCGGGAUCAGCGGUGACGUCACGGCUCCCUUGACCACCACCCGCAUCCCCCUUCCCGGUGACGUCACCGGUCCUCCCCCGCGCCUGCGCAGUGCGGGCGCAGCACCCCCGGCGCGGCGCGGAGGAUGCGGGGCUGCAGCUAAGGCAGCACAGGGCUGUUGAGGAGGAUGGAGGCGCCGCUGGUCAGCCUGGAGGAGGAGUUCGAGGAGGGGCCCGCGGACGAUGGCGGGUCCCCGCCGCGCGCCGCCGACCCCGCGCUGGCCGAGCUGGAGAGCUUCUCCGCCGAGAUGAUGAGCUUCAAGUCCAUGGAGGACCUGGUGCAGGAGUUCGACGAGAAGCUCACCGUGUGCUUCCGCAACUACGACGCCGCCACCGAGGGCCUGGCGCCCGUGCGGGGCCGGCUGCAGGCGCAGGAGGAGGAGGAGCGCCUGCAGGAUGAGGAGGUCUGGGAUGCUCUGACUGAUGGCUUUGCCCCCCGGGGCUCCCCCCGGCCGUGGCAGCUCCCUGGGACUGAGCCCCUCGAUGGCACCGACCCCCAGCUCGGUGGCAAGGAGGAGGAGGAGGAAGAGGAGGAGGAGCUCACUGAGAGGAGUGAGCAGGACUCUGGGAUCAACGAGGAGCCGCUGCUGACAGCUGAGCAGGUCAUUGAGGAGCUGGAGGAGCUCAUGCAGAGUUCACCUGACCCCGAGGCUGACCCCGAGGGUGAAGAGGAAGAGGAGGAGGAGGAUGAGGAGGAGGAGGAAGAAACCAAGGCUGAUGCUGAAGGCAAAGGUGGUGGUGGGGGCACGGAGCCCAUCCUGCUGCGGGAGCUGCAUGCUUUCUCCCCUGCCUUCAACAACAACUGCUCCCACGAAGGGCUGGGCCGGCUGUCGGCGCGGGAGCUGCUGGCGGCCGCGGGCCGGGCCGAGGCGGCGAGCCGGGCGCUCUCGGCCGAGCUGGUGGCGCAGCUGGCGCGGCGGGACGAGCUGGCCUUCGAGAAGGAGGUGAAGACGGCGUUCAUCGGGGCGCUGCUGGCCGUGCAGGGCGAGCAGCGCGAGCAGCGCGAGGCGGCCCGGCGCCGCCGCAGGGACAAGGGCCCGGGCCCGCAGGGAGCGCGCCCCGAGCGCGGCGGCAGCAUGCCCCGCAAGCGCUUCAGCAUGGAGGGCAUCUCCAGCAUCCUGCACUCCGGCCUGCGCCAGACUUUUGGUCCUACCACCAACGAGAAGCAGUACCUGAACACGGUGAUUCCCUACGAGAAGAAGGGCUCACCACCCUCCGUUGAGGACCUGCAGAUGCUCACCAACAUUCUGUUUGCCAUGAAGGAGGGGAAUGAGAAGGUGCCCACUCUGCUCACGGAUUACAUCCUCAAAGUGCUCUGCCCGACCUGACGCAGUGCUGCCCCCACACUCCCACCCCGGCGCCUCCAAAUCGGGGCCAAACCCCAGGAAAAAGGGUCACGCACCCGUGGCUGCCCCACCCUGCACUCCCCCCUUUGCACAGCUGGGAAUAAAGAAUUCCUGACAUUAAUUAGGCAA